GUCCCUGCCAGCCUCUGGAAAAACACGCCUGGCUGUGCACCUGAGGAGUGCUGGCUGGGACAGAGACAGGCAAAGGGCUCCCGGCCUCUGUCCCCUCCCCGUCUGGGGCUCUCUCUUUGCAUUCGCGCGUCCUGCACUUGGUUUCUCCCUGCGUGGGUUGCAAUGGCUGAGGAUAAAACUUUCAGCUAUGGACUGAUAGUGCUGGGCUUCUUCCUGGUGAUGAUUGGCAUGUUCAUCAUGAGCGUGGACAAACCCCACGUCUACAUCACCUUUUGCACCUUGGGGGUUUUAACCAUAGCAGUGGGGAUCACCUGGAGCAUGUGUCAGUGCUACCCCAAGAUAACGUUUGUCCCCAUGGAGACGGAGUCCGAGAAGUUCCUGUCACACAAGCCUGGUGCUUCGAUAGAAAAUGAAAUUCUGGAGAAGAGCUGCUCCCAGACUCCCUACACCAGCCAGGAAGAAGCUAAUGUCUAUGAGACAAGCCUGCCAUCUUAUGAGCAGAUCCAUGAGAUGGCAAAGGGCUCUGUGGAAUGUCUGAGGGUUCAAACGGCCCCACUCCUAGGUAACGGCGAGCUCCAGCCAGGAGAAUGUCCCCAUCCCUUUGUACAGGCCAAGGCCGAGGUCCACAGGAUCUCAGAGAACGAUGGAGAGACCUACAGCGAGCCAGCCUCUCUAGUGGUCACAGGAACAAUCGGCAGCCCGUCAGAGAGGUCCCAUGGUGCUGCACCACUGGCUUCCUGCCUGGAGGACACUGAUCCGCCCUCUUCAGAGGGAUCCAUCGCCAGCAGCCUGUGUCAGGGGGGAUCCACCGGCUCAGUGGGGAACCCAUCCCCUUCCCAGGGCCACACGCAGAUGCCCGGGUCUGAGCCUCAUCACUAUGAAGAUUUUGCUUUGAUUGAUGCACCACUGGAGGAACGACAGGAUCCUUGCCCGGAGCAAACACCAACCCAACCUGAGAACUACCUACCUGCAACUGCCCCAGCAAGCCAUUGUGCAUUGGUGGUAGGUCCUGGCUCAAAGGCAGUAGAGUCAGGAGAGACAGAGCGUGUGGAAGAGGAGGCGGAUAUGUAUUAUGGGUUAAAAGACGGGCCAGAGAAUUUACUCAUAGCUGAUGAUUUUGUCUUUGAGCCUGAGACCUAACUAUGGAGAAGGGCAAGUGACAGGCAGACCCCAGUUGCAGGGCUCUCGUGCUGCUCUGUAUCCCAAGUGCCUCGCUGGUCAGACUGGGGUCAAGUAGCUGGGAGAUCACAGCCAGCUGCAGUAUUUAAGGGUGUUUGGCCGGGUGCUGGCUCCUGGAAAUGCGCUGGCUUGUAGGGGGAAGAUGUUAUAUUUGGAACAUUUAAAAAAAAAAAGGUGUGAUUAAUUCCAGAAAACACCGCCUGGCUUGGAAUCAGCUGUGGACUAUGACUGCUUGAAGAGUGUUCAGAGAGCAACGAAUGGGCCAGCCCUCUGCAUUCACUUUCCCCUCUGCUUGGACUUAUUUAGCUGCAGGCCUGCCUGACAAGGAGGCUGCAAUCCCAGGAAGCUGCCAUGGGUGCUGGGAGUCCAUUGGCAUCAGAGGAAUGUGUUGGGGUUAACAGGCCUCCUCCCUGGAGCCAUGGGGAGACAUGUAGUUCGGACCCAUAACACCCAUCCCGUAAUUCAGCGCCAAAGCCCCAGCUACUUGCACUGGAAUGCUCAUAAUUUGGGCACCAAUCUGCUUGGGCCCAGACUAAUGGGAACAUGUGUUAUGGGUGCCCAACCAAAAGGGAGGCCAGGGCUCAAACGGGCUGAAAAUAUCAACCCCACUAUUCAA